GUGGCAGACUGGGCCAUUCAGAAGCUGGGUCUGGCUGAAUAUGCUGGCCACACAGCCGGGACCUACAGCGGCGGCAACAAGAGAAAACUUUCCACGGCCAUCGCCAUGAUCGGCUGUCCUCCACUGGUCCUGCUGGUGAGCUCACCAUUACUGGAGUCAUCCAUGGGUCUUCAGUUAGGGGGUUAAGGGGAAAUAAGAAAUUGUUCUGUAUUCUGCUUGUUAGUGUGUAUCUGAAGAUGUUUCUAUGUGUGUUACUAUCCAGGACGAGCCCACCACUGGCAUGGACCCCCACUCACGUCGUUUCCUGUGGAACUCCAUAAUGAGUGUAAUCCAGGAUGGCCGAGCAGUGGUCCUCACCUCACACAGUAUGGAGGAGUGUGAGGCUCUGUGUACCCGUCUGGCUAUUAUGGUCAAUGGAACCUUCCAGUGUCUUGGUACCAUCCAGCACCUCAAAUACAAGUAGGUUAUUUCUCACAUUUCCUUCAGGAUAUAGUUACUACUGAAUAGUUUAGUGAAUAGAUCUGAAACCCACAAAGUUAAUGCUACUGCCUUAAUGUUACAGUACAAACUGUAAAAUAAAAUACUAUUUCCCUGCAUGUACCUUCUUCAUCUGUACCCAAUUAUCUACUAUGAGUCUAACCAGCCCUGGAUUGUAUUGGACUGUGUGUUUGUAGGUUUGGUGAUGGUUAUGUGGUCACCAUGAAGAUCCAGGCCUCCACAUCAGGUUGUCCCCCAGACCUGAACCCAGCCGAGGCCUUCAUGGAGAGCACCUUCCCUGGCUGUGUCCAGAGGGAGAAACACUACAACACUCUGCAGUAUGAAAUCGCCUCUUCCUCCUUGGCUAGGAUCUUCCAGCUGGUCCUGGCCAACAAGGACCGCCUCAAUAUAGAGGACUACUCCGUCUCCCAGACAACACUAGAUCAG